CACGCAUAAAUAGGAGCGUGGCUCUGUAGCCAGCUCCAGAAGCACCUGAGAUCAGUGGCCAGCAGUAGUACACAGGGACACAGACUUCACUUCAACACAACACACAGCACGCAUUCACUCAGUGCAUCCGACCACACAGAGCAGCCAGAGACCUAAGCUCCACAGCCUCAGAGGUUGAGCAGACAGAGACAGAGACAGAGACAGAGACAGGCAGGAGGAAGACCUUUUUGACUCAAAACAACAAAAACAAGAAAAACCAAACCAAGCCAGUCGACCACCCACCAUGGACGUGAAGGACAAGUCUCAGGUGCGCAUGCGCCUGGUGUUCCUGGGGGCAGCCGGCGUGGGCAAGACCGCCCUGAUCCAGCGCUUCCUGGCGGACACCUUCGAGCCCAAGCACCGGCGCACGGUCGAGGAGCUCCACAGCAAGGAGUACGAGGUCGGCGGCCUGAAGGUGACCGUGGAGAUCAUGGACACCAGCGGCAGCUACUCCUUCCCGGCCAUGCGCAAGCUCAGCAUCCAGAGCAGCGACGCCUUCGCCCUGGUCUACGCCAUCGACGACCCCGAGUCGCUGGAGGCCGUCAAGAGCCUGCGCGACGAGAUCCUGGAGGUCAAGGCGGACAAGUACACGCCCAUCGUGGUGGUGGGCAACAAGGCGGACCGCGAGAGCGAGCGCCGGGUGCCCGCCGAGGGCGUGCUCUCCACCGUGGAGCUGGACUGGAACAGCAGCUUCCUGGAGGCCUCGGCCAAGGACAACGACAACGUGGUGGAGGUGUUCCGCGAGCUGCUGGAGCAGGCCAACGUGCCGAGCCGCGUCAGCCCAGCGCUUCGGCGCCGCCGCGAGACCAUCCCCAAGGACAACGGGCUGCGGCCGCCCAUGAACAAGACCAACAGCUGCAGCGUCUCGUAAAAACGGGAGAGAGGGGGGAGGGAGCAGCCCGGAGAGAGGGAACCGGGGGCAGAGGAGGAAGAAGAAGAGGAAUGAUGAUGAUGAGGAGGAGGAGGUCUGCGGCAAGACGUUGAGGCUGCUGCCCGAGGGGGACGAGACGCCUCCACGCGCUGGAGAGCGAGACUCUGGGAGAGACUCGGGUGGAGAUGUGAAUGCCGACGGGCUCAGAUGGACACACCCGCCCACCCCACCGCUACUCAGAGGCGCGGGUGAGACUGCCACUCAAGUGAGGGCAGAGGUGAAGAUGUGGAGAGACUCCUCUCACAAGGUGAACUGUGAAACGACAGCACUGCUGUACAGACUGAAGACUGUGGUCACAUGCAUUUCAUAUGCUUUUUUUUCUCCUUUGCUCAAGUCAUGAUAAAAGCUUCUGUUGUCCAAAAUAUGAUCAAUAAAUAGCUUUUUUAUGUCCUUUUUUUAAGUUACAAUGUGUGUGUUUUGUUCAUUUGCAAUAUUACUUCAAGACUGUUGGUAACUGUGAACUAACAGCAUAUUCUUUAAAUAAGGAGGCAAAAGCCCAGAGUUUUUGUCCUGCUUGUGAACAUGUUUGUGUACAAAGUGCGGAAACUAUACAGCUGACGGAGAUUGUUUACAGAACUGGUCCUGUCUGAAUUCCAAUUGUUGUCAAAGCAUGAAUUGAACUUCAUUCAAUGUUUGUGAGAUGGUUGCAGAGGAUAUUAUGCCUUUUUAUUGCGAGUGUUAAAAUAUAUUUUACAGUUGAACUUUAUCGAUGUUUUGUGUAAAUAGGCUUUACUUUUUUUCACGCAUUACAUGUUUACGUGCAUUGUUAUGUAUGGAAUGAUCUUUACAACAAUAAAAUACUGAGAAUAACAA